AUGUGCAGGUUUACUGUAAACACGAUUACGGACAGGAAAGAUGAUGAGUGUCGAGAUACGCCCCUCAGGCCGUUCACGGAAAGGUCUACGUUGCGAGGAACCAUUUCCGGUACCAGGCUGCGGUGUCGCACGCACGGCGAGCAGGAACACGCAGUGCUCCAGUUUCCCGUGACCGGGCUGCGGACGCAAGAAGUGGAUACGGGCGACGACUACAGCGGCGGCACGGUGCGCUUUGAGAACACCGUCGUAGUGCUGCACGACGCCGCGCUCGGCAUCAUAGAGGCUCCAGAUCGCGCGCUGAGACUCGUCUGCGAGUUUGAGAAGCUGGAGCAUCUCGCCGUCGACACCGGUGUCCGCGUGCCGAUGAUCAGCUCGAUGCCCAUACAGCCCUACAAAGCUCCCGUGUCCGACGUGUUCCUCAAGAUCGUUAAGGGCACAGACCUCAGUGGCUCCCCUUCAACCGCACUCAUCGUGGGUCAGGACGCGACCUUGGUCGUCACUCUGAAGGACAACAGUCAUUGGGACAUCACGGUGACAAACUGCGUAGCACAUGACGGUGUCAACUCUAUCAUGCUCAUUGACGAACAUGGCUGUCCAGCAGAUAGCAACUUGGUUAGCCGCAUCAACAAACUGCGGGAUUAUCCGAAGCACGGGUUGAUCACCUUGGCUGCGCAGUUCACGGCAUUUAAGUUCCCAGACAGACCGCAUGUCUACUUCCAGUGCUCCGUUCUCGUCUGCUUCCACAAAUGCUAUGACCCGCCUUGCUACGCGGCUGGCGCAUCAACGACAACGGCAGGUUCUGGUAGACGCUCCGAGCACACAUCUUCUGGCGACGGCAACGUUCGGGGAUUGUACACGCACGCGGCUCAGGCACCUUCGUCGUUUCCACGCGCUGCCCAGGUAUAUGGUAAACUCCAUCAGACCGCUGACGCACCGCCCGGCAAAGCAACUGAACCUGCUAUAGUGUACGAUCGUGACCCCCGACAACGAGCUAAGAAUUAUCGCAGACUCGAGGAGGACUGGGCUAUGCGUAAGAGUGAGGCGCAAAGUCAGGAUCAGGACGGGUAUGGUAGCGUGAGGCAAGAUACUAGAAUUCCCGAUCCCGUCAAGGAGGAUCCUGAUGUUAACAGCCGUAGAAGUCAGAAUACAUCAUCGGGGAUGGAUAACAUCUACGAGACCAUAGGUCGGAUACAUGAAUCUAACAAGCUUCCAACUUCCGGUGAUAUCUCCUACGAUGCACAGUUUCUCAUGGAAGCCAGUUCUAAGGGACCAGAGCCUAGGGGUGAUGGUACAUACGCGGCCACGAUUCCAAUGGCCGAUAAUUAUGAUGACUUGGUUCCUAGGGAUGAAAUUUAUGAGACUGUGGGUCCUAAAGAAAGAACAUAUACGGAAACUGGUCCCGAAGACGAAGCUUAUGAUUAUCCGAAUGAAGAGACGCGUGUGAUUUCAGGGAGAAACCGUUACCAGUCCGGGAGAAGAAACCCGGAAAAGAAAGUGCAGUUGACGAGCUAUACGUUAACUCUCGACGAUUUCCCUGACUCUCGAAGACCCAGGAGACCGGUUACUAAACACGUAGCGCCACCUAGUGAACGCAGGUAUGCUGCUCCGUAUAUGGACUACUUGGACUACAGGCAAAAUUUUAAGCGACAGAGUAGCGGCUCACGUUUUAAUGAAAAGGAGAACGUGGCGGGACCCAAUCAAGAUAGAAACAAGCUUCCACGUCAUGGCAGUAGACACGAGAUGCCACCUGGUGACAACAUUUAUGAGCUACCGCCUGGUAAGAGGAGAUACGAAGCACCACCAGGUGAAAGAAGCUCUGGAGCGCUACCGCAUGAUAGGAGGUACGAAGCGCCGUCUGGUGAGAGAAAGUACGAAAUGCCACCAAGUGAAAGAAGGUAUGAAGUACCACCGGGUGAUAGGAAGUACGAAGCGCCUCCUGGUGAGAGAAAGUACGAAGUGCCAUCUGGUGAUAGGAGGUACGAAGCGCCGCCUGGUGAGAGAAAGUACGAAGUGCCACCUGGUGAUAGGAGGUACGAAGCGCCUCCUGGUGAGAGAAAGUACGAAGUGCCACCUGGUGAUAGGAGGUACGAAGCGCCUCCUGGUGAGAGAAAGUACGAAAUGCCACCAGGUGAAAGAAGGUCUGGAGGGCUACCCGGUGAGAGGAGCUACGAAGCGCCGCCUGGUGGGAGAAAGUACGAAAUGCUACCAGGUGAAAGAAGGUAUGAAGUGCCACCUGGUGAUAGAAGGUACGAAGUGUUACCUGAUAACCACAGGUAUGCCCGAUCCUCGGCUGGCAGGUACGAUCCGACAUCAAGAGACAAAGCCCAUAGACCGCACAAUACCGAACGGUUCCACACUUACAUACACGACGGCAAAGGAAUACCAAUCCGAUUCCCUGAUGGCUGGGAGAGGAAGCGACAUAGAAGCAUCCAGCACGAUGAGCACCCCGCCAGGCGACGUAAUCCCACAUUGACCUUCUCUAAUGAUGACACUGACGGUGAGUUCGGCUAUCCACGGGAAAGGUGGCCCCUUAUCGGGCGACAGCGGAGAGAUGUAGUGGCAGCACUGCUUUUAAAAAGUAACACGGACGUAGAUUUCACUAAGAUGAGGAGAGGAGUGAUCGUCUCCUAUCCAGGAGAGACGCAGCAGCCAAAUCAUGACGAGUUACUACCGGGAUUUCUAAAGACGGGCUGCAUUCCUCGCUGGGGCUUUUCUGUAACAGUAGCAUCAGUCCUGACACUGUUGCUGUUGUUGUUGAUUUUUGUGUUGCAUUUGCUUAGACGCCUUCACUAUCGAGCCACCUCAGAUCGUACAAACAUAGCCCACUCUUAUCAAGUAUACGAUAACUAAAGCCGUUGCUAAGUAAAGGUGAUUUUACCACAAGCGGUUGAUAAGUAAAGCCGUGAUAAGCAAAACUCUUGCUUGAUAUUUCCUGCCUGACUAUCACGCGAUGUUUGUGGAGCGUAUACAAUAAACCCGUUUCCGAAUACGUAGACUUUGACGUUCAGUUGGCGCUCCGUAACAAAUGGAGUCAGUGCAAUAAAUGGCUUACCUAUAAACAGAUUACAAAGGUAUUCACGUUGGAAUAUGUUUAAUAAUUAGGUUGGGCUGCUUACGUAAAAUAGAACGCUUUUAAGAAUCCUGCUGGAGAGCACGGAAUGAAAGCUCUGCCAGCGAUUUUCAGCAAAAUAUGAUAACAAAUUGAUGAAUUUAAAUUGCUAAUUCAGAAAUUGUUAAUUUAACAUACAAAUUUGAUGUGUUGAUAAACAUAUUAUAUUAUUUAGACUAUUUUGCAUGACGAGAACUUUACGUAAUAUAUUGCGAGUAAGAAAAACACGAGAUAUGUUACUUGUAGCAGAUGUGACGCUUUUUGAUGAUGUGAUUUUUGUUUUAAUAAAUAUAAAGUAUA